AGGGACGGGGUGAAGUUAGCUCUGUUUGGAUUUUGUAUUUGAAAUUUGUGCAGGAACUAUCUUAUGUCUACUUUAUUGCUAUUCUAUAAUAUGUUCAAAGCUGCAAGACAGUAAAAUAUAGUACCCAAAAUGGAAAACAGUUGGAAAAAUUGGUGUAGAUUGUGUGCCAGCGAACAAACUAGCUGGAAUCUAGAAUCUCUCGAUGAGCUGAAUAAAAUCAUAGUGAGACAUUUUAACUUUUCGUUACAGGAAAUAUCGAAUGCGGCUAAUAGCGUUUGCAGUGAAUGCUACAGUUUCGUUUAUAAGCUGGACAACUUUCGGAAGCGCUAUCAACAAACACACAGAAUGCUUCUAGAACUGUACUCAAUGAAAGAAACCGACUUAGCAGUGAUUAAACUUGGGGAAGUGCGGUUUCUGUUUUUGGAAGAUUCAACGAGACCCAUGGUUAAAAAAGAAAAUGUUUUUCCUGAGACUGUUGCCUGGGCCGCAGAUGCGUGCCCUGGCACAAGCUCUCCAAUGGAAGACACUGAACUUGUCUCAAAGAAGACAGCUGAAGAUGAAGUUAAUUUUGGCACGGGAAAAAGAAAAAGAAAAAAUAGGAUUUUCAGUGAUUCAAAAAUGGAUCGUUUAUCCGAUAACGAAUCAUCAGAAGACCAACUACCGACUGCUUCUUCAACGCAAGAAGAUUCAGAUGAUGAUGGAUCGGAUUAUGUUCCUGAUUUUGAGAUAGAUGGCAAACCAAAAACGUUACCGAAAAAACUGCGACCAAAAUGCGAACCAUGUGACAGUGAAUUUCGUCACAGACCCGCCUAUUUGUAUCAUCUUGAAAUGAACCAUCCUCAAUCGGAAGAGCUGUUGUUUUCCUGUCCUUCUUGUCCGAAGCGAUUUGCUUCAGUCAGACGACAGAGAGAGCACGCGCAAACCCAUUUACCACUGGAGCAAAAAUUGGUUCAUUCCUGUCAGUUUUGUGAUAAAAAGUUCUGUCAGAUGACGAGUGUCGUAAAACACAUACAGGCAGUUCAUGUCGGCGAACGACCGUACAUUUGUGAGGAGUGUGGAAAGGAUUUUGCUUUCAAAGAAUUGCUAAAAAAUCAUCAGACAACUCACAGUGAUGAACGAAACUGUAUAUGCCCUCAAUGCCCGAAAGCAUUCAAGAAUAUGCCAGCUUUAAGGAUGCAUAUAGAUACUCACUCUGAUACACAAUACGUUUGCUCGCAGUGCAGCCUGCGCUUAAAUACGAAGCGAACCCUGAAACGGCACAUGGUUGUACACUCCGAUCAAAAAAGAUUCAAAUGCCAGUACUGUGACAACGAGUUCAAACGCUCGAAGACACUAAAGAACCACUUGCAGCUGCACACUGGCAACCGGCCAUACAAAUGUACAUUUUGCGAAAAGUCAUUCGCGAGUAAUCAAAACUGUCGUUUGCACAAAAAGAGUGCUCACCCGGAAGAAUUGGCUGCGCUGGAAGCAUCCGGGCAUGAAAUUUGGGCUUCCAAAAUACCAGAAUUAGAAUAGUUGCAGCCGAAAACCCCGCUGUCAUAAACUAACAUAUUGAGUGAAAUAUAAGACGGUACUAUAUAAACACUAA